GAGAAGGGCAGCCCGAAAAAGUUCAACGACGUGUGCCGACUCAUACGCGGCCUCACCGUCGCGGACGCGAUCCACCAGUGCGCGUUGUCCCCGAAGCGGUACGCCAAGGUGGUGAUGAAGGUGGUGGCGUCCGCGGCGGCGAACGCGGAGAACAACCACGACCUGGACAAGGACAAGCUCGUCAUCGUUCAGGCGUUCGUGGGGAAGGGGACGUACAUCAAACGGUCGUUGCCGCACGGCCGGGGGAGGAGCGGGGUGAUGACGCGGCCGCGGACGCACAUUCGGAUCGAGGUGGAGGAACGA